AUACGAAACUCCCAUUUCACCUGAAAAUAAGUUCACUCUCCUCAGUCCUGUAUUCUGAAAAAGUCUGUAGUCCUUCUUUGAUUUUCCCCCCUCUCCAAUUUUCCGUCACUUUCCCGAGAAAAUGAGAGAAAUCGUCCACGUUCAAGGUGGUCAAUGCGGCAACCAAAUAGGAGCCAAGUUUUGGGAGGUUGUUUGCGCCGAACAUGGCAUCGACUCAACGGGUCGGUACCAAGGUGAUUCGGAGCUUCAACUAGAGCGGAUCAACGUUUACUAUAACGAAGCAAGUUGCGGUCGCUUUGUUCCUCGCGCUGUUUUAAUGGAUCUAGAACCUGGUACUAUGGAUAGCGUUAGAUCCGGGCCGUACGGACAGAUUUUCCGACCCGAUAACUUCGUUUUCGGGCAAUCCGGAGCCGGAAACAAUUGGGCUAAGGGGCAUUACACUGAAGGAGCCGAGCUUAUUGAUUCCGUUCUUGACGUGGUCAGAAAAGAAUCCGAGAACUGUGAUUGCUUACAAGGGUUUCAAGUAUGCCAUUCCUUGGGAGGAGGAACGGGUUCUGGAAUGGGAACAUUGUUGAUAUCCAAGAUCAGGGAAGAGUAUCCGGAUCGAACCAUGCUUACAUUUUCGGUGUUCCCAUCCCCUAAGGUUUCUGAUACUGUGGUUGAGCCGUACAACGCAACACUCUCUGUUCAUCAACUGGUGGAAAAUGCAGACGAAUGUAUGGUUCUUGAUAAUGAAGCUCUCUAUGAUAUCUGUUUCCGUACCCUCAAGUUAACUACUCCCAGUUUUGGAGAUCUUAACCAUCUAAUUUCUGCCACCAUGAGUGGUGUUACAUGCUGCCUCCGUUUCCCGGGUCAGCUAAACUCGGACCUCCGCAAACUUGCCGUAAACCUCAUUCCGUUCCCCCGACUACAUUUCUUCAUGGUCGGAUUCUCACCUCUCACGUCUCGUGGAUCCCAGCAAUACAGAGCACUAACAGUCCCAGAACUAACACAACAAAUGUGGGAUGCCAAGAACAUGAUGUGCGCCGCCGAUCCUCGACACGGUCGAUACCUCACGGCAUCAGCCGUAUUCCGUGGCAAGAUGAGCACUAAAGAAGUCGAUGAACAAAUGAUCAACGUCCAAAACAAGAACUCAUCCUACUUUGUCGAAUGGAUUCCAAACAAUGUGAAAUCCACCGUUUGUGACAUUCCUCCUAGCGGAUUGAAAAUGGCAUCGACAUUUAUAGGAAACUCGACUUCGAUCCAAGAAAUGUUUCGAAGGGUGAGCGAGCAAUUCACCGCUAUGUUCCGAAGAAAAGCUUUCUUGCAUUGGUACACUGGAGAAGGAAUGGAUGAAAUGGAGUUCACUGAAGCUGAAAGCAACAUGAAUGAUUUGGUUUCAGAGUAUCAACAAUACCAGGAUGCUACUGCUGAAGACGAAGAGUAUGAAGAAUACGAGGAGUACGAGGAAGAAGCUUAAAGCUUGUUCCUUGUUCUUUUCUUUUUAUUUAUAAUGGUAGGAUAUAUUUGGUUGGUUUUGUUAUGCUUUUGUGCAUGUGAAGCCUGUUGGUGCAAUGUCGGCAUUGCCGGGUGCUUCGAUGAGGAUCACUUUAGUGUUAAUUUUCUGUUGUUCUACUAGACUACUUGUAUCGCUGCAUUGUUUUUUUAUGAAUAAUCUUAGCAGCCAGUUUGUUUCUCACUAA